AUGGGAGCAGGGAAACAUUCUGUCUUCCCUCCCGCCCUUUUUGAGGAGGACGGGGGAUUUCUGGAGAGCGUACGAAUGUAUAUAUUGACAGAAACUGAGAAAGUGGGUUGUGCUGCGCAAGGACCGUCUGAGGAGUGUUAUGUUAUAUACAGUAAUGCAUUUGACAAGGUAAUAGAGUACGUCACUGCAUACAAGAAUAUCCCGACUUCAAUCAAACAGAAAUAUGAGGCAUUUGUUGCCAGAAUCAAGAAUGGCCAAAGGAAUGCAUUUUUCCUUCACAGGAGAUUAAAAGCUCUGGAAUCUGAGUCCACGACUCUAUUAUACUAUAGGAAAAAGACGGAACAGUGCGACAGCAAAAUAAAAGCUCUUCAGAAGAAUUCUGCAAAAAUUAAAAACAUAAUAUUGGAAAUUUAUAAUGUAAGAAAGAUACCCUCUGAAACCUUUGGUACCUCAGAGAAAACAGCACAUCCUCUUAAGCCCAUCCCAGGCCUGAGCGUAGAAGAAUCACUCAGCUUGGAUUCCCUUUCUAAACAUCUCGCUCAGUUAGACUGACAGGUGCUGGAAUUGAAAGAAAGGGGGGAAAAAAAGUCUAUCCCUCGGCAGAAAAAGACUAAGUUGGAACAAAAACUCGGAUAUGCUGGAAUUUUGUUAGUUGCAAAUGCUGUUUCUGCAUGUUUCUUGUCUUCUGACAAGAUUGUCACCUGGCAAGAUCUCUGCUUUCAGAUCACGAAAAAUAAAAAAGAUGAACGAGCUCUUGAUGUCCCUAGUAAAAUGUCUGAAGAUUCACUUGAAUAUUUUGAAAGUUUCAGUGAAUUACUUUCAAAUGGUCAGUAUGAUGCUGCGGCAACUCACACAGAAAACUCUCUGAGGGGAAUUCUCUGUAACAAAGCAGCUCUGAAGUAUCUUAAACCUGUUAGGUGCCCUAAAGGAAGAAAUCUCCCUUUGCUGAAGUAUUUUGAACUGAUAAUCUCAAGUACUGCAGCUGGACACCUUCCAAAUUCAGCCAUAACUCUGGAAGCAAUCAAAUGUGCAUUGUCUGAAAAGCAAUUCCAUCUGGUAACACACUGGGUUAAACAGCAAAGGUUAAUCUUUUCUGAGGCAGCAGGAGAUGGUAUUUUUGGCUAUGGGAAAGUGGAACCAAGCGACGAGUCAAAAUGCCUGGCUUUGGCUCAGGUUGCGUAUGGUCAGUCUGGCGCACACAAAAAAGUUGCUCUGUGCCUACGUAAGCUGGACCGAAUUUCUGGAGCAAUGGGUUAUAUUCAGCAACUGGAACAUUUUUAUUCAGUGAAUGAUUUGUGCAGUAUGCUUAAUAUGAAUAGCACAAAGCUUAUUAGGGCAAAUGUAGGAUCUGUAAAUGUGGUUUGUUUUUGGUUUUUUUUAUAUGCAUUGGAACAGGUUAUUCUACAUGAUACCGUCUGUACUUUGGAAGACUGGAAUAAGAUAGAAGUUGCUUGUGCAGAAAAUAAGCAUGAAAAGUUAUCUCAGAAAAUGGUGUCGAUCCUCACCUCGCAGGAUGGAGCGUUUGAAAAUUCGUCCCUUGAAGAUGAAAAAGAUGCCAGGAUAAGGGAACACGUUUGCUGGUAG